AUGGAACAGUAUAUUCCGUGUUCCAUGUCCCACGUACGUUCAUUUUUCAAUGUGGUCCGUAAUUAUGAAACAGUGACUCCUAAUGUUUUGAAAGCUGUCGACACAGGUGUUUCACUGAGAAAAGCUGCUGCAGUGUACGGAGUUCCUAUAGCUACACUCUUUAGAAAAAAAGGGAACCCUGAAAUAUCCAAACAAAAAACUGGACCAGCAACUGUUUCUUCUGGUACCGAAGAACAAAAAAUAGUUGAUUGGAUUCUUUUUAGAGCUCAGCGUGGUUUACCAGUAACUAAAACAGAGCUCUUAGAUUCUAUUUAA